UAUAUAUAUGGCUAGGUAGCCGAGGCUGAUAUUAACCUCCUUCCAUGGCCGGAGGUAUUUGGCUUGUCCUUAUAGUUGGUACGUUCGGAUUUGUGUUGGGUCUGAUUUUGAACCAUUUGUUGCCAUUGCUGUUGAGGCUUGGUCCUGUCCCAAGAGGGAGUUUUGGUUGGCCAAUACUGGGUGAAACCCUUUCUUUCUUGAAGCCUCAUCCUUCUAAUUCUCUGGGGGGCUUUCUUAAAGACCAUUGUUCUAGGUAUGGCAAAGUGUUCAAAUCGCAUUUGUUCCUGUCUCCCACGGUGGUGUCGUGUGACGAGGAGCUCAACUAUUUCAUACUUCAGAAUGAAGGGAAGCUGUUUGAGUGCAGUUAUCCGAAACCCAUCCAUGGCAUUCUCGGCAAGGCCUCCAUGCUGGUUGCUGUGGGUGACACUCACAAGAGGCUUAGAACUGUGGCGCUCUCCCUCAUCACCAUUACCAAAUCCAAGCCUGAGUUCCUCAAUGACAUUGAGACCACAGCCAUCCGUAUACUCCAUUCAUGGAAAGAUAAAUCACAAGUCAUCUUUUGCCAGGAGGCCAGAAAGUUCACAUUCAAUGUAAUAGUAAAGCAGGUGUUAGGUUUAACCCCAGAUGAGCCACAAACAAGCAGAAUUCUUGAAGAUUUUCUCACUUUCAUGAGAGGGCUCAUAUCCUUACCUCUCUAUAUUCCUGGAACUCCAUAUGCAAGAGCCGUUCAGGCUAGAAGUCGGAUAUCCUCUACAGUUAAAGCAAUUAUAGAGGAAAGGAACAGAAAUUCUGGGAAUUCUACAAGGAGUGAUUUUCUUGAGAUACUUGUGCGUGUUAACAACUUAACUGAGGAGGAAAAAGUGAGCUUCGUUUUGGAUUCCCUUUUGGGUGGCUAUGAAACCACCUCUCUCUUACUGGCCAUGGUGGUUCAUUUUCUAGCUCUCUCACCUCCUGCAUUUCAACAGCUAAAGGUAGAGCAUCAAAAAAUAAGAAGCAUGAAGCAGAAGGGGGAGAAUUUGAACUGGGAAGAUUACCAAAGGAUGGAAUUUACUCAAAAUGUCAUCAAUGAAGCUCUCCGAUAUGGGAACAUUGUAAAAUUUGUGCACCGAAAGGCUCUCAAAGAUGUGAAAUUUAAAGAUUAUCUAAUUCCAUCUGGUUGGAAGGUCCUACCUUUAUUUAGUGCAGUUCAUUUGGACCCAACUCUUCAUGCAAAUGCUUUCCAAUUCGACCCUUGGAGGUGGGAGAGCCAAGAUCAAAUGCGCAAGAAUUUUACUCCCUUUGGUGGAGGCUCUAGAUGCUGUCCCGGUUCCGAACUUGCUAAAGUUGAGAUUGCCUUCUUUCUCCACCACCUUGUACUAAGUUUCAGGUGGAGAUCAAGAGACGAUGAUCUACCCAUAGCAUAUCCAUAUGUAGAAUUUCAAAGAGGAAUGGUAUUAUAUCUGGACCAUUGUUCCAUAUGAGCCCCUAGUUCUCUUUAUGCUUUCUUCUUUAAGUUGAUUAGGUGAAGGCUGAGUGGAGUUCCUUCCAUAUCCAUAUCUCAACCCCACUCCUCUUUCUCCCCGUGGUUGAAAUUCAACUCUCUUAUGGGAGGCCUUUCAUUCCACUUGUUCUUUUCACCUCUGUUCUAGGGAGAGACAUGAUUGAAGCAACAUAUAAUAUUUCUGUGGUAUAUGCAUCUAUCGUAAAAUUUUCAGUGAUGAGAAUCAAAGAGGUCUUCUUUGAAACUUCCAUAUG